AUGGCUCGAUCAUCUCUUCCGUCCGAGCGCUACCACUCGGUGCUCCAGUCAAUAGCUUCCACAUUGCUCACUGAGGCAGGACAUUCGCACCACUGCCUUCACGACGCCUCGGUCUCUGACAUGCGAGAGAUGGUGCGUCAAUUGCUCGUUGUCCGCGCGCCAUCCGAAAGCAGCAGCUCUGGCGGUGGUGAUGAUGAUGAAGGCGACGAGGAGCUCUUUUGUCGAGUAGACACUUUGCUUGAGCUUGAGCUUAAGAGCCACAAGACCAUCGUGAGUGCACAGGAGCUACCGACCGUGCUACCGUCUUCGUCAGAAGGAGACGAUCGUGGCUUCGAGCAGGUUGCGUUGUGGAAAGGCGACAUCACCACACUCAAGGCGACGGCGAUCGUAAAUGCCGCGAACUCGGCACUGCUCGGCUGCUUUCAGCCGUCGCACAAGUGCAUCGACAAUGCGAUUCACAGCAUGGCCGGCCCGCGACUGCGUGCAGCAUGUCACGCGAUCGUGACCCGCCAGGGCCACGAAGAACCGGUCGGACACGCACAGAUCACGUCGGGCUUUGCCCUGCCGGCUUCGUACGUACUGCACACUGUUGGACCGCAGUUGCGUCAAGGCGCAAAGCCUACUGCUACACAGCGUGAUCAGUUGCAGUCGUGCUACAGGAUGUCACUGGAAUUGCUGCUGAAGACAGUGGGUGGACAAGCCGACGAGCCGGUGACCGUUGCGUUCCCGUGCAUUUCGACAGGAUUGUUUGCCUUCCCGGGAGACAUUGCAGUGCAGCUGGCGGUGGACAGUGUGCUGGAGUGGUUGGCAACGCAUCGGGACGCGAUCCGGGGAUGGAAGGUGGUCUUUAACACAUUCCUGAAGCGCGACUAUGAUAUGUACGUCGACUACAUCGAGAGCAAGUGCGUGGGCAGUGUGUCACUGCCUCGUGCACCGGUUUCUGCGCCUUUGCGACGCGCUCUUGAGGCGAUCCAGGACGCUGACUUUUUGUUGGUGUCAGCCGGUGCUGGACUGUCGGCUGCUGCUGGUCUUGACUUUGGGUCGCAAGACGUGAUGGACAUGCUGCAUCCCAACGUGCGUCGAGCCCUUCCCAGUUUCCGGACACUGGCCAACAUGAUCGGCUUUCGUCGUUGGGACGACUCGCUCAAGUGGGGCUUCUACUUCAAGAACGCGAGCGUCAUUCGAUACGACUGGGUGCGUUACCGAUCAGCACCGACGUAUGCGUACCUGAAGAGUAUCUCGGACAUGUUUGAGUGUCGGGAGAAAGGCUCAGUGUUCACGAAGACCAGCAACGGAGACGGCAUAUUGGAGCAAGAAGGGUUUGAUCCGUCCGCCUUGUUUGUCAUGCAAGGCGACUUUGGUCUCAUUCAGUGUGCUCAGCCGUGCACUCCUGAUAGUGUGUGGGAUAUCAAGCCAUUUAUGGAGAAAGGGAUGCAGAGCUUCAAUCCGGAGACAUACCGAAUUGACGAUCCUGCAGGUGUUCCGAAGUGUCCUACGUGCAAUGGCCGCAUGUCGACUUUCUUGCGUGAAGACGAUACGUUUCUGGAUAGUGGCGUGAAAGAAGGGCGUGAUCGGUACGAGAAAUGGCUGGCGCGGGUGAUGGGUCAAGUGCACACCAACAGCAAAAAGCUCGUUAUCCUCGAGGUGGGUGCUGGUUUCAACACUCCUAUCGUGCUUCGCAUUCCGGAUGAACGACUUGCACUUCACGACGGAGUGCAGCUCGUGCGCGUGAACCCCGAGUAUCCAGAAAUGCCGUUUCAAUGCAAUGGUGUGGGGGUCACUGACGAUGCGACGAGCGCGCUGGACUACAUCGCACAUCAUUUGCAUUUUCAAUAG